CUAAAUUGCACUUGAAAGAGGAACCUGUAAAACUAUUUCUUUAUAAGUUGCUGCGGAGAAGAAGUGUGGAAGCUUUUCCAUUUUUUCCCGUUCAUAAUAACAUCCCAAAGCACUUUGCUGCCUCGAGGCUGCUGAAGGGAUGCUGUGAGCUUCAGGAGGGCUCUGCAGAGAGGGGAACAGCUCCUGGAUGCUGAGUUAUCUGCAGCUGGGGGAGGCAAGAGCUGAUUUGCUGCGUGGUCCCCAGGACAUGCAAUCAUGCAGAGGUUGAAGAGUGGCUAGAGCAGCUCACACUGACGAUCCCUCGUGUGGCCAUCGAUGCCCACAUUUCCUUCCGCAGCUCCAGCAGCUCACCAUGCCCAACGACAGCGUGGCCCUGAGCAGCCUGGACGGGAUUUACAUCGGAUUCGAGUGCCUGGUGGCUCUGUUUGCCACYCUGGGCAACAUCCUGGUCAUCUGGGUGGUGAGGCUGAACUCUGCCUUCCAGAACACCACGCUCUACUUCAUCGUGUCGCUGGCGCUGGCCGACAUCGCCGUGGGGCUGCUGGUGAUGCCGCUGGCCAUCGUGGUGAGCCUGGGCAUGGCCGUGCCCUUCCACAGCUGCCUCUUCAUGUGCUGCCUGAUGGUUGUGUUCACCAACGCCUCCAUCCUGUCCCUGCUGGCCAUCGCCAUCGACCGCUACCUGCGCGUGAAGCUGCCCACCAGAUACAAAAUCAUCACCACGGAGAGGAGAGUGUGGUGGGCACUGGGGCUGUGCUGGUCCCUGUCCCUGCUGGGAGGCUUCAUGCCCAUGUUUGGCUGGAACAAGGCUGGUCCAAGGAGCCCCAGCUCCCUCAGGUGCCGCUUCGUGGCUGUCAUGAGGAUGGAUUACAUGGUGUAUUUCUGCUUCUUCACCUGGACCCUGGUGCCCCUGCUCGUCAUGUGCGCUCUGUACGCUGAGAUCUUCCACAUCAUCCGCACCAAGCUCAGCCAGGGCACCAGAGGGGCCGGGGCUUUCUAUGGCCAUGAGUUCAGGACUGCCAAGUCUCUUGCACUUGUUCUCUUCCUCUUUGCAAUAUCCUGGUUGCCUCUGUGCAUUAUAAACUGCGUUUCCUAUUUUUACCCCGAGUCUCAGAUCCCCCCGUAUCUGAUGUACUUGGGAAUCCUCUUAUCCCAUGCCAAUUCUGCCAUGAACCCCAUCGUCUAUGCCUGCAAGAUAAAGAAGUUCAAAACCAUGUACCUUUUAAUUCUAAGGACCUAUAUCCUGUGCAGAAAAGCAGACCCAGCUCUUACAGAGCAAACAACAGACCCACAGACACCUGAAUAAAGGUGGAAGCUGCCAGAAGGUACCAGARCAGUGAUCAACAGCCUGGCUUUGCCAAGAAACUCUUGGGAAACUGCAGCAGCAUGUAGGCCUGAAAUACUCCAAAGCUGAAUGUUAAAGUAUUUCUUUAUGUUCUAUCAUUACUAAACGCAGCAGAUGGAAAUUGUGUCUGUUAUUGGGGGUGUUGGGGUUUGUCAAUGUGAGGAUUGGCUGAGUUGAUUGAAAAAUAGGAUUUGUUCUUUGCUGUUCAUAAUCCAGCAGCUCCCAACCUUUCUCUUCUCUGUUCCUUUAAACUAAACUUGAGCCUGGUCAGCUUGUGCUUUGGCCACGUUUUUAUCCAUGUCACAUUUUUAUCAAUAGUAAUAACAAAUAUUAGAUGGAAUCCUGCUGAAUCCUCCCUGACAAUCAAAAACCUGUCCAGUUUCAGUGUCCUGUGGGGAUGGCACAGARGUUGCAGUAAUUGUUACGCCACAGCUGACACAGCCCAAUUUUAGGGAACAUGGCUCAAACUGAAAGGAGGUUGUUAAAGGCCAGGCUCU